CGGGGCCCUCCCCGCCCGCGCGCCUCCCCCUCUCCCCUCGCGCCAGGGCGCGCCGCCACAGCAUGGGCUGCUGCACGUGCGGCGACGACCCGUACGCGCGCAGCGAGCGGCGGUUCAAGGACCACAUGUCCGCGGAGGAGGUGAGCGUCCUCGAGCAGAUGGACGACUUCGCGCCGCUCGCGAAGCUCCGACGGCUGUUUCACACGGUGGACGACGACGGGCACGGGUCGAUACACGCGGAAGACGCCGCGGUCGCGCUGCGCCUGAGGGACGACGCGUGGGGGCGCGCGAUGCGCGACUUCCUCGAGCCCGACCGCGAGGGCGCGCGGCUGAACCUAGGCGACUUCAUCGUCGCCGUCGCGCGGUUCAAGCACCCGAGCCUGUGCGACGGACGGACGCAGUUCGCGUUCGCGCUGCUCGACAUGGGCGCGGGGUUCGUCACCGCGAAGCGACUCGCGGAGACGAUCAGGGCGCACGCGAAGAAGAAGUACGGCGGCAGGGAGGGCACGCAUCUCAGCGCCAAGGCUGGGAUGGAGGCGCUGCGGAGGUUCGAGGAGGACGUGGCGAACUGCGAGGAGUUGGGCAUGCGAGAGUUUUACUACGACGACUUCGAGGCGAUCUUCUUGAAGCACAACGAGCUCUUCUCGGACGCGGUGUGGUGCUGGGAGAAGUGCGUCGAGCCGUGCGCGAUCGCCGCGCGCGCGGUGUGCGAGAAGAUGCGCGCGCGAGGACUGAGGGAGUGGAACCUGGACUACAACAACUUCACCCGCGUCAUGGCGCGGCGGCGGCGCAGAAACGGCGUCCAGAAGGGCGCGUUUCAGACGAUCGGUUCUCAGGCGCGGCGGCCGGACGUUCGCGCGGGCGCGCCCGGCGCGCCCGGCGCGCCGACGUCGAGCCCGCUCCCGGGCGCCUUGAACGCCGACGCCAACGCCGACGACGCGAAGAGGACGGGGACGGAGAGAGAAAAUCUCGUCGCGAGCGUCCUCUUCGGCGCCGACGCGCAGGCGCUCGUCGUCGCCAACCGCCGCCGCGAGAAGGAAGCCGCGGCGAGGAAGGAGAGCAGCGUGUCGGACGACACGCUGGCGCACGUGAGUCGGUACCGGGAGGAGAAGGUGCGCGAGGCGAGGGAGCGGCGCGAGGCGCGGGGGGCGUCGGGGGUGAUGGGGAGGGCGAGAGAGGCGUGGGCGCUGGUCACGAAGACGACGAAGAAACUGUUGAAGAUGCGCCCUCCGAAGGACGAGAAGACGGACGAGGACGUCGACGGGUGGGUGAACGAGACGGUGCGCGAGAGUGGUCGUCAUAGUAAACGGUUAGGUGGCGGGCGUUACGACGCGCCCGACCACGGCGGCGGCGGCGGCGGCGACGACGACGAGUGGAUCGGAAGAGGCGAGCGGCGGCGGGCGAAAAAAACCGGCGGGCUGGCGUCGUUCGGCAAGAGCGUCAAAAAGUUGUUCGCGGGGGGGAGGAGCAAAAAGAAACUCGCCGCGGAAGCCGCGGAAGAGAGGGACUGGGACCACGUCCCGGUGCGAAGAGGUCGAGGGAAUCGCCCGCGCGGUCGCGCGUCGCACCAGUAGCGCAGGACGACGAGACGCCGCCGUGAAUCAAAUCAAUAAGCUCAGCUACGAGAACGCGUAGCGAUCGUC